UUUGACAGAUUGUCUGUGUAUUUUCUUAGUUUUUAUUUGUUUAUUUGGCUAUAAUUAGUGCAAGUUGGAUUAUAAAUAAACAACAUUUUAGGAGUUCACAAAGCAUUAUUAUGGAAUUAAACGACUACAAUGGUUUCGAAAACCAUUGUAAAAAUAAUGAAAUCGAUUUAAAGGACAAAUUUGUACGAAAAGAAUCCCAUAACAUUGACACUAUGGAUCAAAUUAUGCAGCGCAAGGAACAAGAAUUUAUAGAUCAUACAUUGCUGGCUCCAGAGUAUAUGAGAGAUCCUAAUCACUUCAUUAUGGACUUGAUAAAUUUUCCGAAAACUGAAACAAGUGCCCAUAAUAAUGGGGAUCACAUAACUACAGAUUUAAACUUUCAUAAUAGUUUAUUUCCCGUAAGCGCGGAUGACCCACAGCAAACAAAUGAGCCACGCAAGACGGCACCCAAUUCAGUAUUUAUGCCCUUAAAUAAUGAUUUUUUAAUGCCGGUUCAAAAGUCUUAUAAUACAACGGUAGAUUCCGUGACCAACGUGGACGAACAUGGUGUAAAGGUGGUGCAGCAAUUAUUGCUAACAAAUUCUAAUGUCACUUUGGAUGAUACUUCCAUUGAUGAUGACUGUGAUUUAACUCGUUUUAAUUCACGGAAAAUCUUGCCACACAAAAAACGCAUUUCCCGUAAAUUAAAAAUAAAUCAGUGUGAUUCAAAUUUACAACUAAAUGUACCUCUAGAUGAUCACAAAUUGACUCAUGUUGAUCAGUUGGUAGUGGGCCCAGGAAGUUUGCAGCAAUUUCGCUGUGAACUCUGUGGUCACGUAACCUGUUCUCAACUGGAUUUUUUCGCCCAUCUAAAACAGCACUAUGAACCCUCAACUCCGGACACGAUAUUAGCUGCCAUGAAAACGUCACUUGAUGUUUUGGGUCCAGAAAAAACUUCGGAUGAUUUAUGUACCAUUAAAAAGACUGAUGGACUUGAUCAAGUUUUUCAAGAUGUUCAUUUCCCAUUUGAAAACUUCACACAAGCUGGAGAAGCUGUAUCGGUGCGUGUAGUAAUGGAGUCACAGCAUCAUCAACAAGGAACUGAUGCAUUGAGUGAAACAUCUAUUAAUGUAGCAAAUUCUUCUUUACAAUCGACCUCACACAAUCAAUCUCAUCAGCAGCAGCCACAACAGACGACUCCAAAUUUAGUUCCUGAAGAAUUUAGCGAUACUGAAGACAUGCUGGAAGGUAUAAGAGACAAAGUGUUAAUAGAGGACACAUGUGAUACCAUGGAUUUAAUGACACCAACCUCGAAUGGUGGAAAACCACACUGGUUCACAAACAAUUGUUUUAAUGGUAUUGAUUUGAAAGUAAAACCGUUUUGUGAUGUUUUAUUUUCGGGACAAUUUGCUCCUAUUUUAAAUACUGAACCUACUGUGCCUCUCAUGCCAGCAGAAACUCAUUUAACUUCGGGCAAACUGAUGCAUAGAGAACUGGAACAAAAUCAAAUUCAAACGUCUGUCCCUACUGCUCAGCAACCUACGCCAACACAACCAGUUCAAAAUAAUGCACAUUUACGAUUACAGUUUUCUCACUCAGAGCCAUCUUUACUUCAUAACGAACAAUGUUUAAAUAACGAGCAGCAUCAAAUUCCACUUCCAUCUCACCAACUGAACGAUCAGCAACUUUUAGAAGCACAACAUAUUAAAAUUGAAGAAACUCCGCCUCACAUCAAUGACAUUCCCUAUCAAAAUUCCGAAGACACUUUAAGUGGCAACGAACUGGAACCGGAAGAAGAACUUCAUGAACAUAAUGAAAACACUGAUGAUGAAUACAAUUCUCAUUUGGAACAAAGUCACGAAAUUUUUUCAUAUAGUCAGUUAAAAGCCGAAGAUUGUGAUGAAAGUAUACUCAAUGACAAUGGCGAAGAGAUCUGUUUGGAAAACGAUCAUAAUAACGAAAAUGGCAAACGGAAACGUUACAUCUGUAAUAAAUGUCAACGCAUUUUCAAUUCCUGCAAUGCACUUAAAUAUCAUAAUCGCACACAUUCCGGAUUAAGACCACAUCAAUGCGAUAUUUGUGACAAAUCGUUCUUUGCCAUUGGUGCCUUAAAAGCCCAUACACGCACUCACACGGGUGACAAGCCCUUCGAGUGUGAACAUUGCGAUCGUAAGUUUAGACAAUGGGGCGAUCUAAAAUAUCAUACGAUUUCUAUUCACAGCACCGAAAAGAAUCAUCAAUGUGAAUUUUGUGGCAAAGCUUUUUCGCGCAAAUACUCGCUUGUGGUCCAUUUACGUAUACACACAAGCGAAAGGAAUUAUAAAUGUGAAUUUUGCACGAAAACCUUUCGUGCCAGUACAUAUUUGCAAAAUCAUCGGAAAAUUCAUACGGGCGAAAAACCGUAUGAAUGUGAUGUUUGUUCUAAAAGAUUUCGAGUCUCUGGCGAUUUACGACGUCAUCAACGAAUUCACGAGCGUAAAAAGCAAAAACUGGAGUUAUUAAAGAAAAAUAAGGAGACAUAGUUUUAACAGGACUGGGCUCUGUUUCAUUCUUAGUCAUUAUUAUUAAUUACAAAAGAACAAUAACAUUAAUGUAGCAUUACUGAUUUUUAACUUAUUAUUUAAAACAAACAAAACAUAUUAGUAUUACAUUUUCAAUACAAAAGUUCAUUAAGAAAAAAUUGUAUAGUUUUAAUUGUAGUCAAAUAAAUAAAUAAAUAAAU